AUGCGGCCCGCGCUCGCCGCGAUCGCGGCUUGCUGCGUGGUGACACGCGCCGAGCCGUCUGCGCGCCUCGCUCCGCGCAACACUACCCCCCACCAUGUCCUCUCGUGCUCGGAUGGGCUGGUCCUGCCUGCGUGGCAGCCUCUCGAGGAUGUGCCCACCUACGAGAUCGCCUUCCGAGGCGUCGUCUACUUCCUCUGCCUCAUGUAUCUCUUCAUCGGAGUAUCCAUCGUCUCCGACAGAUUUAUGGCCGCCAUAGAAGUUAUCACGUCAAGAGAGAAGGAGGUGCGCGUGCGACGGAACGGCAGCGAACAGAUUGUAGUCGUUAGAGUAUGGAAUGAGACCGUCGCUAAUUUAACUUUGAUGGCAUUAGGCUCUAGCGCACCUGAGAUCUUAUUAUCUGUAAUUGAAAUAGCGGGGAAGAACUUCGAAGCUGGCGAUUUAGGACCCGGUACUAUCGUGGGAUCCGCUGCUUAUAACUUGUUUGUGAUCAUAGCCAUCUGUGUCGUAGUGAUACCAGAUGGCGAGGUUAGGAAGAUUAAACAUCUGAGAGUGUUCCUUGUGACAGCUACGUGGUCCAUCUUCGCGUAUGUGUGGCUCUAUCUCAUAUUAGCUGUCAUCUCGCCAAAUGAAGUAGAAGUUUGGGAAGGGCUGGUCACUUUUCUCUUCUUUCCCGCAACCGUCUUAACAGCUUACAUUGCCGACCGCCGUUUGCUCAUGUAUAAAUAUCUAAAGAAAGGCUAUAGAGUAAACGAAAGAGGAGUUAUAGUAGAAGCCGAAGGCGAUGGCUCAGUUGAAAUGGCUCUUAAGCCAGGAGGAGAUGAUUUCAUGUCAGAUGACGAAGAAGGGAGAGAACAAGAAAAAUCUAGAAAAGAAUAUGUAACUGUACUUAGGGAAUUAAGAAGACAGCACCCCGAAGAAGAUUUGGAUACCGUAGAAAGGAUGGCAUUAGAGACGUUAAUGUCGCGAGGCCCGAAGUCAAGGGCGUUCUACAGAGUUGCUGCCACUCGCAAAAUGACAGGCGGGGGUGAUUUCUCUAGAAAAAUAUCUGAACGUGCUCAAAGCGACUUAAGUGAAGUUAAGGCGGAGUUACAACGACGAGAGUCAGGAUCCUUGUCACUCGAGCCACGGGGACCGAAUGUCCGAUUUGAUCCAGACCACUACACAGUAAUGGAAAACUGCGGAUCAUUCGAAGUAAGAGUUGUAAGAGCUGGUGACUUAAAUGGUGAAAUAUCAGUGCAGUAUACCACUGAAGAUGGCACAGCUGAGGCUGGGUCCGACUAUGUGGCUGCCCAAGGAUCCCUAGUCUUCAAACAAGGGGAGACAGAAAAGACCUUCAGCGUCCAAGUAAUAGACGACGACGUUUUUGAAGAAGAUGAGCAUUUUUACGUGAGGUUAUCAUCUCCACGAGGAGCCUGUUUAGCAUCUCCGUCAUCAGCUACGGUAGUGAUAUUGGACGAUGAUCAUUCUGGUGUGUUUUCGUUCCCUCAACGGGACUUUGAGCUGACGGAGUCCGUGGGUACUUACGACUUGAAGGUCGUGAGGACAGCGGGCGCCCGCGGGAAGGUUAGAGUGCCAUACUGGACGGAAGAUGGCACCGCGAAAAAUGGUGUUCAGUACGAGUCGGCUCAAGGCAACGUGAUAUUUGAAAACAACGAAACUGAAAAAUUCAUACCUCUGCAUAUAAUAGAAGAAGACAGUUACGAGAAAGACGUUCUGUUUUACGUUAACCUUGGCGACCCGGAGUUACUCGGGGAGGUGUUCGAAACAUUCCUACCAGACGCCUCGGGCUCCGUCUCUGUACAGUUUUCUCCCGAUGAUGACAACCCCGUGGCUACUGUGAAUGAAGCUAAUCAUCUGGCAACACUACCGGAGGAAGAGGCAGUAGUCGCCAUGAUGGGGUUGCCAAGAGCUGGGGAGAUCACCAGAGCUCAGCUCAGGAUUAAAGAAAGCAAGGAGUUUAAAAAUACAGUAGACAAACUAGUACAAAGAGCAAACGCAUCAAUUAUAAUAGGCACGUCUUCGUGGAAAGAACAGUUCUCGGAAGCGUUGACUGCUAGCUCAGGUUCUGAUGACCCUGACGAGCCACCUUCGUGCUUCGACUACGUGCUGCACGUCGUCACCUUAUUCUGGAAGAUUGUGUUCGCCUUGAUACCUCCUACGGACAUUGGAGGAGGCUACGUCUGCUUCGUAGUAUCAAUCGUCUGCAUCGGCCUGGUGACAGCCGUCAUAGGCGACGUAGCUUCUCACUUCGGCUGCACACUCGGCAUCAAGGACUCGGUCACAGCCAUCGUGUUCGUCGCGUUGGGGACCAGUAUACCUGAUACUUUCGCGAGUAAAGUAGCGGCCUGUCAAGAUAAGUACGCGGAUGCUUCAGUGGGCAACGUCACGGGGUCCAAUGCUGUGAAUGUGUUCCUAGGCAUCGGGGUCGCUUGGACCCUGGCUGCUAUCGUGCACUGGAGUAAAGGCGAGAGGUUCUAUAUCGAUCCUGGGAACCUCGCCUUCAGCGUGACAAUGUACUGCUCCGAAGCCUGCCUAGCCGUCUUAGUCCUCGUCCUCCGAAGACGGAAAAGCAUCGGAGGGGAGCUCGGAGGCCCCAAGACUAUCAAGAUCCUCACUUCUAUGUUCUUCUUCUCACUCUGGCUGAUUUACCUCACCAUGUCCAGCUUGGAAGCCUAUGACGUCAUCCAGGGCUUUUAAAUGUCCAAAUUCUGGUAAAGUUCUUAGAACUACUGAAACAUUGGCCUGUUUCUUACGACCAGUUUGUGUUGGAGUAUAUGGAAUGUCGUAGGCGACACGGUAAGGUUUGCAAUAGUCUAAAUAUGUACCGUUGUCAGCGUUUUCAGAUGGCUGUGUUAACAGCUGAGGUACGGGUUUGAUUCAAUACAACGAAAUCUUUCUUAAAACUACGCAGAUUUUAUUAGCAGGAAACUCUUGGUAAUUAUAUGGAAAUAAGAAUAAACCUUCAGUUCCUCAAUUUUUUUCUUUUUCUUUCUGGUCUUAAAAACCUCGUAAUCAGCUGCAUCUGAAUUCGCUCCAUGAUCUUUGUGCUCAAAUGACUUUAGACGUCUCUCUUCCUUCUAGAACGAUCUACUUCGAUAAUCUUGUAUAACACAGAUAAUAAACAUGAUAAAGUAGCCUUUGAGGCUGUGGUAUAUAAUAAAUAUAUGGAUAGAUUUAUCAGAAGAACGAUUCUAUGCGUCAUUAGAGAGGUAAUUUUGCUAGAAUUUGGAUAUUAUGUGAGUAUACGCCUGCAUUGACCAGGCUUGCGUUUUAAAGUUAAACUAUGGAAAAUGAUUUUAUUUAAAAAAAAUAUUUUUGUUACGUAUUUAUUCAUCUUCUUAGUACAGAUUUUAAUAGGCAUUCAUUUCCUGGUAAUUAUAAUGUACGGAAACUUUUGCAAUAACGCGCUUAACAUAAAUAAUGAUCAGUUUUCAUACAGAUCUGAAACUUUAUUAAAAUACAACGAAUUUCCACACUUUUAUUGAAAUAAUAUAAACGUACUCGUAAAGAAUAUAUAAAAAAAAAUAUUUUACACACAAAACGCUUUCUUUGUCAAUGCAUGCGUUAAAAAGAUCACGUUAGGCAAUUUUCCAUGUACCUAAUUAAAACGUCAGACAUCACCCGAUUCUAAUUAACGUAGUUAAUUUGAAAGGUGAUGACGUUUUAAUAAAGUCAGCCAAGAUUUUGUAUACACGGGUUUAUUUAGACAUGCGAUUAACUAUAUUAGACAUCUGACGUUAGAGGUGUUACCUAUUCGAAUAAAAUUAUCGAUAAAGAUGAAUAUAUUGAGUAUUCGAUUAUUCGAUCAUAACUUUUAUUUGUGUCGUAAAAAAUCGUUUUGCUAACGAAUGAAAGCCAAUUUUUAUUAUGUAAAUAUUAUAGGUUAGUCAUAGAGUUACUUUUGUGUGUAUUUAGUGUGUUGCCGCUAGAAAUCGUUUCGUUCAUGUAAAUAUUUGCAAAUAACCAAAUUAUAGUGAUGUUCAGUUUAAUCGCCGUGUUUUUGACUUUGCUGUGAUUAAAAUAGUGUUGUGCCUAUUCAAAAUUAUCGAUAAAAGUUUGCGGUUUUGCUGCAUCGCAACCACAAAACUAAUAACGAUAAUGGUUGCCUUUUCAACAUUAAUUUGAACGAUUCACGUUAUUUAGUAGCUUUAAUAAAGAACCGUCGUCAAAGUUAACGGUACACGUGUAAUAAUGGUAAUAAGUAGUUUCAAGAAAUUAUGAUUUAAAUAACUAGGUACUUACAUCCGCGGCUUCACCCGUUUGGCUAGUCAUUUUGAAAUGGUUAUCAUGAUCAGCCUUUUUUAUCGUCCCACUGCUGGGCACAGGCCUCCUCUCACACAGAGAAGGAUUGAGCGUUCACCACGCUUGGUCAAUGCGGAUUGGUGAAUAUCUUGAAUCGUAAUAAAACUUUAUUAAAAUACAGCAAAAAAACGUAAUUAUAACUUUUCUAAAACAAAAGGAAGAUAAUAAUUAGGUGCUCUAAGCUUAACAUUGUCGAUAAAGUGCCCGAGUCAUUCUGAAGAUCGCUUUAAAAAGAGAUUUGAAAGUCCCAUCUAAGUUCACGUUCCAUAAAAGUUAGCUCGCUAGUUUUCUUACGUGACUCCAUUCGGGAAUAACACAAAGAAACAAGGAACUCUUUUUUAUUCUUUCGAGCUGGUUUCGAAAUCUUUCAUAUUCUAUGACUUAACAAACUAUGGGAGUUAUUAAAUUCUAGACAAUGUACAUUUUUAUUUUAACAUAUUUUAUAGAAUAUGUAAAUUACAUAUUUAAUAAAACUAACACUAACGGUAUUUUUUUACGUACUUGUAAAUAAAAAAAAGGAAACAACCAUAAAAAAACUGUGUAUCGCUUUCAGCGGAUAACGUGCCCAAAAGGCUGGUAAAGAACAUACCAUCUAAAUCUAUACUAAUAUUAUAAAGCUGAAGAGUUUGUUUGUUUGUUUGAACGCGCUAAUCUCAGGAACUACUGGUCCGAUUUGAACAAUUCUUUCAGUAUUGGAUAGCCCAUUUAUCGAGGAAGGCUAUAGGCUACUUUUUAUCCGGGUUCGUGCAGAGGUUCCCACGGGAUGCGGGUGAAACCGCUGGCAGAACUUAGUACCCAAUAUAACAAUAUGUAUUGAUAUUACUAUUGAUACUAAAUAUAGAAUCAAAACAACCUCAGCCUUGGUUUCAUAAAAUUAAUAUUAUUCGACCCAAUUACCAAUUAGUCGAUAAAACAAUUCCAUUUUCAAACAUAAACUUAUCGAUAAAACAAACCGCAGAGUUUUGUCCAAUAAAUUCAACGAAUCAUAUUUAUGCUAAAUGCUUUUAUCAAUAUUGAUUGUUUCCAUGGAGAAUAGAAUGACUAGCGGAGGUACCAUAACGGAAAAUCUCCUUAGAAAGUAGCGCG